UGGAUCAGCGUUCGAUGUAAGAAUUUGUGCGGCACUUAAUCUCUCAUGAAUUCUUGUCUGUGUUGCGUACGAGGUACAGAGUCAACGUACUUGACACCACUUUUCCUUUUCUUCAGGUAAUGGAGUACCCGUAGCCUCUAUAUCCAUACUCUCCCUGGCUGGAAGGUAAACUGUUAGCUGUUCAGAGGCGGAGGCCGGGAUUGCCGUUUGUUGAAGGGUGGCGGAUGUUGAUGCGGAUGCGCAUGCGCGUGUCAGCCCGUCGUCUGUUCCUCACAGUGGCAUGCGCGUGCGUAGUGACGCUUUUUGUGUCGCUGGAACGACGUUACGCCUGGCUCAGGGCGAAGUACGACCUUUUCGAACCGGAAGCAGAUGGAAGGGAAAGGGAGGAGGCUAUGCUGGAGGGAGAUGCGGAAGCGUCGCCGGAAGCGGGAGUCAGGAGCGGGGGGAAUGGGGGCACCUAUCAGGACGACCCAGAGCAAACUUUGCAGCCACCGCCUGGUAAGCCUUGGUUCAUGACUGGAGGCACCGAAUAUCCUACGAACUAUAAAGGGCCUCCAAGGCUGUUCCCAGAUGAAGCUGACGGAGAUAGAAUAGUCGAUCAGCUUAUGUAUGUCCCAGAAGAUUACCAAGGGUACGAUACUCCAGAAAAGGUCAUCCUAGCUUAUAAUGGCUUGUCUGCUUGGGGUCAAAAACCAGGUGGUGUUACUUUCCACGGUUGCCCUGUAAACAGAUGCUCGUUAACAGAUGAUAGAAGUAAAGCAGUGGAUGCUGAUGCGAUACUUUACAAAGACCAUUUCAUACAUCCAGGAGUGCUAAGGCCAAUGCACCAGGUAUGGAUAAUAUACUUUUUAGAAUGUCCCUACCACACGCAAAGUAUAAAAUUCACUGACGUCAUCAACUGGACAGCCACGUACAGAAGGGACAGCGAUAUCGUUGCCCCGUAUGAAAGGUGGACGUAUUUUGAUCCACAGGUUAAACAGAAAGUGCAAAGUAGAGAUUACGCUGCAAACAAAUCGAAAAAAGUAGCUUGGUUCGUAUCGAACUGUGGUGCUAGAAAUGGUAGACUGGCUUAUGCACGAGAGCUUGCCCAAUAUAUAGAUGUAGAUAUUUAUGGCACUUGUGGCCCCUUAAAAUGCCCAAGGUCGGAUAGGAAAUGUUUUGAUCUCCUAGAUAAAGAGUACAAAUUUUACUUAGCUUUCGAAAACUCAAAUUGCCGUGAUUACAUAACUGAGAAAUUCUAUGUGAACGGCUUGGGUCAGAAUGUGCUUCCAAUUGUGAUGGGUGCCCGGCCAGAGGAUUACCAAAGGAGUGCUCCAGAAGGUUCGUAUAUACACGUCGACGAAUUUGCCAGCCCUGCGGAAUUAGCCGCCUACCUCCAUCGUCUGGACAAAGACCCGGUUUUAUACAACUCCUACUUCAAAUGGAAAGGCACUGGGGAGUUUAUCAACACCUACUUUUGGUGCAGACUGUGUGCCAUGAUGCACGCCCCUCUGAGGAGGAGGCACUACGAGGACGUGAACGAUUGGUGGCGAGGGCCUGGUGUGUGCACAACCAAGUCGUGGAGGAAUGCCGAGUUUGUUUAGUUUUCAUGAUGAGUGUUUGGAAUCAGUUACCAGUUCAUCAGUUUUGUUCACAGAUCAUUUUCAAUUCUAGGUGACUACAUUAAACAACAUACCUACGCAUCGACGCUGUACUCGUGCAGAAUCCUAUAACAAUCAUCGGUCGCGCGAAUCAGUCUACGACAUGGUCGAGUAUGUUCGGAAGUGUAGUCUGCGACAUACCUUUUGCAUUUGUUUAUAUUUUUGCCCAGUACAUGAGAGAGAAAAACCUCAAAUCAGAAAACCAAAGGCGUUGGAUCCGAAUAAAUAUUCCCGAAAAUCUGCUCGGGAACCUAGCGAUGAGAAAGUAUUACCGUCAUUCCAGAAAAAUUGUUUCCGAUCACAGAUAGUAGGUAUUGAAAACGUCAGUCAACCUCGACUGUCUGUAUAGAACUAAGCACUGCGCCAAUUGAGUAUCAGAAUUAUUUCUUCAUUUCCUGAUGCUCUAAUUACCGCUCUGAACGCACGUCUCAAUACUGUAGGUACUAUACUGUAUACCUAAUACCAGCUUAAACUGGGACUGCGGUGUAUGGACAGACCCUUGGUGGUGCCGAACAAUGUACCUAUAGCCCAGUCAAGCUAUACUCAUUAUUCACUUCUCGAAAUUGAUACCUGCCAUUCGCUUUGAAUUACGUUCAAGACAAUUGUCUUGAACUAGGAGCUAUUAGUGCUUUCUGCGUUAGUACGCUUUAUUUAAAGGGAGGGGGCUGUGAAACUAUUCAAAAUCGUAGUGCAAAAAUAAAUAAUAUCUUCUAUGUAGGGAUGUUUUGAAAAGAAAAAAAAAACUCACUCGCUGCUUCUUACCCAAGGAUUGGGUAUCUAAAUUAACAAUAUUUCACUCUGAAGCAGAAGCCAGGGGGGUAUAUGCCCCCCCUUGCCCCCGCCAAUGGGCGCCCAUGUUAAACAUUAUUUAGGUCCGCAUUACAAUUUAUGAAAUUUGUUAUAAAACUUAAUAUCAGAUUUGUAUACAAUUGGGUACCUCUCAAAAUGGACGAUGUGUUUAUUUAUUCAACAAAUUAGGGACAUUAGACAGAGAAAAUAGACAUCCACAGUAUAGUUAAACAGACUAAGUUGUAAGCAUUGCUGUUGAUAAUUUAUAUAUACAGGGUAUUCAUUUGAAAGCCUUCCACCGCGGAUUUAUCGAAAACGCCAAGACACGUCAAAAGAGUUGUCAAGGGGAACAAAAUGACAAGGGGUAUCGAGUAAUAGCUUGUUUGAAAGGUCUUUCGAAGUCCUUUAUUUUGACAUUUGAUUUUUCAAAAUCGGUCGAUUCGUUUUCAAGAAAUUUAGAAAACUCUUUAUUUAUCUUAAUUUGUUCAGAUAGAAAACAAAAGCACAUGAAAAAUCACUUUUUCUUUCAAUAAGCGUUCAAAAUGUUGCCCGUUAUUGGCCAAAUAAUGACAGGUUCAAAUUCCUGACGGACAUUUUCAAAAACAUGUUAUGGGAUAUCAUGGCAGCUUCCGAUGAUGCGAAGUUCAUCCAAACUUCCAGGUUGGGGAAUAAACAAUAGAUUUCAAAUGGCCCCAUAGAAAAAAGUCUAAUGGCAUCAAAUCUGGAAAUCUAUCAGGUCAUAUCAAGCAUCGGAAACGAAAAACAAAGCAAAUUUUUUGGAAAAAUGGAAUGAUUACGUUUUUUUACAUCAAAAAGUAUUUCGUUAUAAAUUAUCUUUUCAAAUAUCUUCAAGGAUAUGCUGGGCUGCCAAGUGCUCGGCUAGUCAUGCUAAGGGAAACAGUAGUGUAAGUAGCUCCGUUAUUUAACAUAACCUCACUUAAUUUUGCCAAGCCUCCAAUUUUUUAUAAAAAUUUGACACCAAAUUCCAUAGAAAAAUUCAAUAAAGUAUAAUUUGGAACUUAUUAUGAGGUUUUCAUGUAAACUCCAUGUAAAGUACAGAUGAAUGGUAAUGGGAAUACAUUAUCAUGACAAUGGCAUGUUUUAUAUCGUGUAAUGUCACCCUUAGACCUGUAUCAUACAGUAAUGGCCAUGCUAUAAGUGUGUCGGAUAGGUAAAGAGGCAGGAAAAAUUUCAAUAGACAUAACGUAGCUCUGUUGUAGACUAUACAUCAAACAAGAUUUACAAGGCAAAAUUGUACGAGUAUAACAAUCUUGUGCUGCGCAAAUCGUUGAACUACACAGUUGAGGAUGUCCGCAAGUAUAUACUCUCAAAACUCUCAUGCUUGUAGUGUAUAUGUCGGCGUCAAACGCUGAAAUCCGUCAUUUCCUGAAAUUCCUAGUCAGUCCCCGUAUUUCCGGCAAACACCGUUGAUUAUUACAACGUUUGACUAAGCAUUUCAGUCAUUCCCUGAAAUGACAGAACAAUUUCAGUCAAACACCGUAACAAGCACAUAAACUUCGUUACUGCAUUCGCCUAUUUUAGUCAAACGCUGUAACCAAUACAGUGUUGCUCCAAUGAAGUGUAUAAUAUAACAAGGUACUACUUUAUCAAUAAUAUUAAAAAAAAUAAUCAAGCAUGAAUUAAUCUAAAAAGAAAGAAGAAUACAUUAAAACGUUGUCUUUAUUAUUACAUUGUUUUUUUGAAUUAAGUAUUUACCUACUAUAUAUACGAAGUCCAGCAACUGGAUGCUGCUGUUGAGCAAGCCUAUGUACGUUUUAAUUUGGGUUAGGUUCACAAAAUUAUAAAAAUGAACUUAUCUCCUUUAACUCAUUUGUAUUAAAUGUUUUUUAUUCACACUGUCAUAGUAUUCACUUAGUUUCUUGUAAAACAAUUCUGAAUGCUACGACAUUUUUACAAACACAGAAAAAACAUUGUGAAUACUCAAGCAAAUGAACACAAAACUGGUACAAUGAAUGACUGAAUCAGGCAAAUGGCGCAACGAAGUUAAUGUGGUUGUUACGGUGUUUGACUGAAGUUGUUCCGUCAUUACAGGGAAUAACUGAAAUGCUUAGUCAAACGUUGUAAUAAUCAAACUGUUGCGGUGUUUGCCGUCAAUACGGGGGCUGACUAGGCAUUUUUAAUUAAAGCAUCCUGAUAAAUCCAUUUUUUUGAGAAUACGUGUACGUAAAUUUUAUAAAAUUUCGCUCAUAGUGUAAUUGGCUUUUUAGAUACUUUGAAUACUUGUUCAUUGUUUAACGCACAUCCGGUGCAUAGAAAAUUGGAGUAGUUCUAAGUUACAAGAAUCUUUUCAAAAUUCAAGAAAGUCGUCUUGCGAAAUUCAUUUUAAAUAUUACGUUAUAUAGUUCGCUGCAUGCGCUCAUAGGAUAACUGUUUAUUUUGCUUAAUGCGAUGAAACAUAGCAAUUUCGCUUAAUCACGAUGGAGUUUUCCUUUCAAGAUACAGGAGUAUUGUUCUAAAUCUUGCACUUGAGCUACCUCCACAAGAAAAGUCUAUCGGGAUCAAAUCUGAUGAUCGCAGUGACCAAAACGAAAUAUCAACUUUAGCGGAAACAGCUCACGUCAAGUUGGUCCGUGGUGGUCCUUGCAGUGUGGCCGGUGGCCCCAUUCUGCUAAAAAUACUUUCUAGCCUAUGACAUAAAAUUACUGGAUAUUAUUUGCCAAUAUGCCACUGGACUAUUUUCUGUAACGCAUCUCAAUAGCAGUCUCCGUCAAUGCUCCAAGGAAUAUCCCCGAUUCGAAGAAAAUAUUUAUCACAAAUUGAGCAAAAUUGAGUCAUCUAUGCUUCAGCAUUAUGGAAAUACGAUUUUAUGAGAGCGUGCAAUGACAUUUAGCAUAUUUGGUUAGUAUUUUUCCUUUUGAAUCGCAGAUCAUAAUUCUGCCGCGGGACAUCCUGUACUUGCAAGUCUUAAAUUUUCAUUCGAACUUAGCGCUUGCACGGCGAUAUUCUUUUGAAAAUAUGAAAAUUACUUAUAUAUGUUCCCUUAACGAGAAUACAGAUUGCUUUCAUGUAGAAACAACCACCAGCUUCUAAAUUAGUGACUCCGCGUUUAAGGAGCAGACUUUCUAGGUGCAAUGUUUAAAUUUUUGGUGAUUUUGGCAAAUAGAGAAAAACUACCUCGAUUUUGGCAAGAAAUUAACCAAUAAAUUGAUAUACCUACUCAAAAAAUGGAAAAUCGAGCAAUUAUCAUAUCUACAUGCGAAAAAUCUAGUUUUAAUUGUAUACUUAAAAACUGGGACAAACUGCAUUUAGAUUGUCAACUUAGGACAAAAUGCAUUUUGAUUGCCUGCACUUAGCACCAUAACUGACUUUGUAGUAGGGAUGUAAAAUGUAGAUGUAUGAAACUCGUAUUUUAUUUUGGAAAUACGAAACAAUAAUUACAAAUUUUACAUGUCAUAAAGGUCCCCAACGGCAUCAAUAUUGCAAUCGCAAAACAUGUCAGCUUCUUCGUGAACGUCAUCAUCGUCAGUUUCAUCUUGGUUAACUUGAUUGACAUUUCGCUCACGAUUAUCUGAAAGGAUUGGCUGCAACUAGGUUAACUCAAGAUUCUUGACCCAAUUUGCCUCUGACAGUUCCACGAGCAGUUUCCGGAGGUUCUGUAUUUUUUUGUUUUAAUAUCACUUUGAAGCGUUACAACGGCUAAUUGUAUAGUCAGAAGCUUCUAUCCGCGUUUUAGUAACGUUUGAAAUUGUAUGGAGGGACUGUUAUUUCUGUAAAACAACUCAGCAAAAUAUCGCUGUUGUUUUGUGGUCUCUUAAUAAUAAUUCGUUUAGCAGCACUGAGCUCUUCAAUUUUCUUUAAAGAGGUUAACGCAGUUGUUAUAUCGUAAACAACACAAUCUUUACCAAGUUGUCGUACGCCUCCCUUCUUGGAGUAAAUAUAAUAACAUUGCGCAUGUAGGUGUAUUUAUUGUACUGUAGGAUCGUGUUACUUUUUCUAUUUGUCCGAAAACAAGGUCUAAUGGCAAUUAAUCCAGUCAGCAAGGACCAACCUCUUUUAGUUAGUCUACCGCUAAUGGAACCUUUAUCAUUUAAUUUGCAUGGAGCAACAUGAAUUUAGAACGUCUUUUGUGGCAAAAUAUUAUAGAGGUUUAUAUCUAGUUUGCGAUCUUUGGUCGGAGAUGCUCAAAAAUGAACAAAUUGCCUAUAUAAAGUCUGCUCCUCGUUUGAACUUUAGUUCGAUCCAAUUUAAUCAACUUUGUUCUUAUUUUCCCCAUGAAGCUUAUAUGAAAUCUUGAUUUAGCUACUGGGUAUUUGGAAAUAAAGGUUAACUUAUGGCUUGAAAAGCCAAGUUACGAAUACAAAUUUCAAUCAAAAGCUUUUUUUUAUGUAUUUCUUAUUUCGACAAAACCUUUCAAAGUAGCAUGACGUGUUUAUUUCAAUUGCAUUAUAUUAGAAAGACGAUGGACUGUUCACUCACUCACUCGGCUUAGAGUUUUUUCAGAAAUUUAGAAAAUGACUGUUUAGAUGGAAUUCCAUAUUAGGUUAUUAAUGAGGGUGAAUUGCACAAGCCUUUGAUCUGUGCAGGUAUAUUUAUUUCUCAUGAAACUGUAACGAUUCAUUCAUUUGGAGCUUUGAAAAGUUUGUACUUCAGUAGACGUGAAAAACAUUUAUUACAAUUUAUAUCAGAGUCGCUAAAAGCUAGGUAGUUUAUUUUGUAUUUUCACAUCGUCAGUUUCAUAUGAAUUUCUUCAUACUGCAGUUGUGGCAGAAGUAUAUUAGCUUUCCAGUGUUAAAAUUUAAAGCGUGUACAUUUUAUGCAUUUGAUAUCAUUAUACUUUAUCUCUGAUCAAAUUUGUAUCUAUUACCUGUGAAAUUCAUUUUAUAAAAAACAUAUUUUCUUGUACUUUCUAUGUAAUGCAGUUAUACAUUUGUAGGUUCCAAACUAUGCUGUGGUUAAUCGCAUCACCUGCUUGUCAAGUAUUUAUGAUUUUUAAGACGUUUGGCUAAAAUAAUACGAAUGCCUAAAAUCAUAAAACAAUAUCCUUGGUAUAACUGACCUUAUAUAGAGGAACAUUUAACUAAUAUAUUUCCACAUCAAAUUGACUCACCCUGUAUAUAUCUUCCCAAAUCGAGGGUAUAGGACUGACGACAUUUAAAUAUAUGUACUUACUGUUUUGCUACAACUGAUAAGCCUUAUGGUAUUUUUUCACCCUCAAAUAGCGCACAUCUCCAUUUACGAUUAGUGUUUUUUUGUUGAAUAUACUUGUUGUGUAAUUUAAUGAUAAUAAAUAUUAUAUAAUGUUUUUAUUACAAA